UAGCCAAAGCCAAAGAAACAAUUGAUGGGUUUCUUUAAGAAGACAAUUAACACUUUCUUAGGCCGCUCCCACUCCAAGGACUACCCAACAACAUCCCACCAACAUUGCGGCCAUAUUCCGCCCAACUCCGGCUGCUUUUGCUUGAUCGACGGAGACACCCAGAAGCGACCCAAUGUGGUGGAGUCUAACGCCAUUAAGUCCACCUCCAACCCCACUUCCGGCAAGAAAGAUUCCAGCACCUGUAGCUUCCUCUUCGACAAUGCCAGCAAUGGGUUUAGUGGGUCAUUGCCGUCGUGCACAGAGAGCCUUGGCUUUGAGAGCUCUGACCACCCGAUGGAAGAGUCAUUGGUGGAGGAGCUGUCGAGGUCCAGGUCGACGACGACGGCACGAUCCAGGUGGAAGACGACCGUGGCCAAGGUCAGGAAGCAAGACAAGAAGUUCCCACCCCCUCUGACAUCAAUGAACCAGAACGGACAACGCAACUUUUAUCUAAAGCCAGUGCGCAUGAAUGGAAGGCUGGAACUCACCGAGGUGAGCAUCCGACGUCCCGAGGUCUUCAGGGCCUGCCGAGAGGAUGGUCGGUUGCGAUUGACGACGAAAUAGGAGAACAAGAGUCAGUCAUCUCCCGU